AUGACUCGGGCGACGCUGUGCUUCUGCUUCUGCGUCUGCUUCUGCUUCCCCUCCGGCGCCUUGUGUGGUCCGUUCAGGCACGUCAAGCUGUCAGACCAGCGCCCUGGGCUUAUCACGGCCGCGGCGAAUGCACCCACUGCCGCCUUUGGUCUUAUAUCGCCUGCUUCUUCCCUCGUAACUUCGCCCACUGCUAAUCCCCCUUACUCUCUCUUACUCCGAGUCUUUUUCCUGGCUUUGCUCAUCUGCUAUGGCCGCAGACAACGACUCCAUCAAGUCGGGCACUUCCUCCCAGCGUUCCGUCUCCCGCGGACGCGACUUUACGUCCGUCGCCCGUCACAGCAAUCGUCCGGGCGCGGUGGCGUUGGCAACAUUCGCAGGACUUCCAUCGACCCCAACUCUCCCAAAACACCCAACUUCAAUCCCGAGGAUGAUGUGACUAUGAACCGCGGUCGAGAGCCGGCGCAGGCUGGGGACAAGGACAGGGUGAGUGUUUUUGCUCUGCAGUGUUCUUUUUUCCCCUUCGACUUUGUCCCCCCUUCGCGGCCAUCAUCUUUCGAGCUUAUCGCACGCGACCGUGUCUUCGCCGAUAUUCCCUUUUUCGUCAUUCUCUUUCGCGUUCAGAUACCGGACCGUCUACCAGCACGCGGUCUUGCGUGUGAGCCCAGUCGUUCUUCUCUCGUCUUGACGACGACGCACCGCCAUGGCCGAGGUGCGCCCGACGUGUGCACUGCUUCGUGA